GUGUGUCUAUGAAGCCUUCUUGGCUUAUACAUGGAACAAGCCCAUCUACACUGCAAGGGCUCCAGUGCCGGCUUUUUGGUUGAAGCUCUCACGUAUGAUCUCGGCAUCUGCCAUCAGCAGCGGGCUCGCCGUGCUCAUCGUCAGUACCUAUCCUCCGUUCGCCAACGACGCAGUGAUGGGACGAGUUGCGACGAUCCUGGGCUUGCUGGACUUAAUCGUCAUGACCAUCCUCUUUAAGACCCAUCGGUACACAAGCAAAUUGCUUCAAGCUUCAAUCUACCUCUUCAGUUUGGCGUUUGCGGUGUACCGGGCCAGUGAUGCAUACCGGAAGACCUACAAGAGGUCCAACAACGUCCUUUUGUUCGUUUUGGCCUCCUUCAUUUGCGCGGGGCUGGAAGCGGACCGGCUCUUGGCCGUGGAAGGCUUGCGCCAGUCCAAGCAGCUCAAGGAGGGCUUCCGUGGCAUCGAACAUGCGCAGAGCGCCAACCAAGCGGACCGAGAUCGCAUCCUUUCGGAGAUUGAAAGGGAGGGUCAGGAGACUGCUGUGAAUGAUGCAGUGGCCGUGCUGCUGGACAUGAACCUCGGCAAAAACGACGUACAAGACGGGCUGCUGUACGUACCGUCUUUAGGGGAUAUUUCCACUUGGAGUCGGUCGAUGUUCGCGCUUAGCCUUUGCUGGUGGAUUAUCAAUCCAAAUCAGAUUUGGCUUGGCCGUGUCCUUGAGGCCGGCCGGCACCAAGCCAAACGUGACACGUCCGAAUCAACGUUUGUCCUCGCCGCGCUGGAGACCAUCACCUUCUUGGGGCUUUUCAUUUGGAUGCCCACGGAGCGGAAAGCCUUCGCGGAGAAGACGGAAGUUCUGAUUUUGCCCUUCGUUUCUGGAGCGAGAGAGUUGUGGUGGGGUCGGUCCCAUGAGGAACUCACAUACAUCUUUGUGGUGAACCCCAUCGUUCUGUUCUUAUCCAUCGCUGGGCCAGCGCGCGUGGCACGGGUGCCCGUGAUCGGGCCAUUGCUCCUGAGAGCCUUCUUUGGACGGAACCCUUUCAGGGCCAAGAAAGCAGCAGCUGGGCGUAGGUUGGGGGGGAGGGAUGACUUGGAGGAUGGGCAAAUCUUUGAAUACCCAAAGUCCCAAAGCAAAAAAAAACAGUAAAUGCAUCAAUACACACUUACAAACAACAUCGACAAAAAAGGCUCAAGUCACUCAAGUCUCGUUUUUGCAUGUUUGGAUGAGCAAAGCAAUAUUCAAAUGCGGGAGUCUUUGGGAGGGAGUCCCAAGACAUUUUAUGAGCCAUUCCUUAGAGGGCGAACUGCGGAGUGAGUUGAAUGUUAUUCAAGCAUUGAAGAUCAAAAGCGAAGAAGACACCUGUCCAAGCCUGUCAGUAUUUCGCCAGUCCCUCGUUGAACAUGCAGGGAAUUUUAGUACUCCUCUUCCUGUGGCUGCUGGGUGAACAACAGCUGGACAAUGUGAACAUUGCUUUGGGUUGAUUGCACCUUAAGCGGGUUGAACAACAAAACCCUUGCGCAUUGUGGGGGUGCGCAUGCUGCGUGUUCGGCCUCGAGGCUCGGCCAGGUCGUUUUGCCAGUUGGGGUUGGGGUGGUAUGCCAGUCCGGAGUGUUUGGGGUAUCUUAGAGUCAUCAAUGUAUGGUCCCACCAUGAUGGAUGUAGUUUGUGGCCGUUGAACGUCAAAAAAGGAAAAGUGGGUAGCUGUAGCCUGACUGAGUUCUCAGACGAGACCUACUACGCUUAUUUUUUUUCAAUGUGUCUCUCUUAAUUCGGAAUUGGUGGCAUAGCGGCCACGGAUAAGAUACAUUCUUUGGCUAUCGCAAAUGGAACAAAUUGCGUUCUGUGUCUCCCCCGGUUGUGAAGAGGGAUCCAAUUUCUGGGGCCCAGAGGGCGGAUCCGUGAGGAGGGCGGCUUUUGUCCCACUGCUUCUUUCCCAGAAGCCCACGUGUUCGCAAGCUCUUUUGCUCAAGUCCUAAGUCCUAAGCCCGCCUGAUUGGA